AGCUGAUUUAGAAACUGUGAUGGGACUUGCAUUUUCUGACUAAAAGUCUGGCGUGGGAAUUGGAAGGGGCAACUUCAUACUUCUGAUAUGCUGAAUUUGAUAGAAAAUCAUGUAUCCUAUCAUACACUUUGUUAAUGGCUUUCCAAUGAAAGUCAAAGAAAUGAAGUGCACCUGAGUCACUGGAAUUUAACAAUAAUAUGAUCCAUCAUGUGGCCCUGAAAAAGCUAUUUUAGAGGAUUAGAGUGUCAUAUUAGGCUAUGUGUAAUAUUUAUGUGCACCUUGUAAAAUUCUUCUUGGCUGGGGUGAGUAACUUUUUGAUGAACAAAUAAAAUAUCACCCUAGAUUAUACAUUUUUCAUUUUUUCUCUCACCCAGAUACUUAUGUUAUGUUCAUUAUUAAAGUGAAAGGUGGGGUUAUACAGUCACUGUUGUGAAGGAUUGAUUUCAGUGACAGCACAUGCUGGGAACUUACUGACUGGAGUAGCUUUUGUUAUGGCAGUGACUCUCAUUAGUAACAGCAUGAGAAAAUCUGAUACCCUGUCAUAUUUUUAAGGGAUAUUUGUGUACUGUGGUUUGCUAUGAUUUGGGUCAGCUACUAAAAUGCACUUUUUAUUUUCUGACUUUGAAAAUGUGUCUUGCAAGCAUAACAUCCUUUAUGUCACCUGGUGUAACUCAGCUGGGCUCAGUGCAGCUACAUGAAUUUAUAUGAGGUAAUGAUGUGGCCCAGUAAAAGAAGGGAUGUGGGCAGCUUUGAAAUUGUUCAGAUCUAAAUUUUAUCUAAAUUAGUCUAGAUUCACCCUCAGAGGAGGAGAUAACACUUUUAUCCUGUGCUAGGAUUCAGUCUAUUUCUGCUCUUUGCAGAAAUUUUACCUCAAGGGUGCGUCUGCCUCAUAGCAUGCACGUAUCAGUGUCUUGUCCUCCAGUUUACUAAUUUAACAGCUCAUAAAUCAGACUACACUGCUCAGCACUCCAUUGUGCUUCUGAUAAUUAAUCAGAUAUGGCUCUAAUUACUGACUUUCAGCAGAACUUAACUGUGGUCAUCUGUAAUGUCAUCUGUUAUUGAUGUAUUGUAGGAAUAUAGGCAACAGAAAAAGAACUUGCAGGAAUUUUCUAAUGAAAAUUAUAAUGAUUUUUCCAUCAUAAAACCUUUUUUAUAUAGCUUAAGUGUGGUCUCCUCAUUUGAAGGUAUCUGCCCUUUUAUGUAUAGCCACAUGAUGUACCAUAUUGUUGAAACCUUUCUAAACUGCAGACACUCACAUAAGGUAACUGACAUUUACAAAAAGACACCUGCUUGGCCAAGGCUGUUGAUACACGUGCCCGGGGCAGAGCACACAGAAGCACUCACCAGAAGGAGCCGUACAUAGUUAUUGCAUGAAAUGGGAACAUACCGUAACUUGUCUCCUUCAAACCUUAUUCUUUAAGUCAUCUCUUUCAUCAUUAAAAACAAUACCUACAAUGUUCCAAAGCAGCAAACCUUCACAGUCUCUGGUCAGAGCUGUGCUUUCUCUUGCUUCCAUUAUUUAUGAAUUUUGAAGACAGACAACAAAGACGACAAAAGAUGUGUUAUCUUUUACUGAUUAGAAGUACAACAGAAGGCAGUGUCUGUCAUGUCAGGAGAAAAGCUGAACUAACAGGAGAUGUGUUUAUGGAGCUUACUGACUUGUCCUGCAAAAAUCAAACAUGGUUGUUUCUUUUUAAAACCAUAAUUACAUUUUAAAAAACAAGUCAAUUAUACUCUUAAAAUAAGCAUACAAAUCUUACUAAUGCUGCUCGAUGAUAGUGAUGUUAACUGACUUAUUCCUAAGGUUUCUGUCAAAUGCUUUUAAACUAGUUGAAAGUAGAAGGUGCAAUCUUGCUGUAGAAAUAUCACAGGCAAUUAUUAAAAAUAUUAAUCACAUCAAUCAAAAAAUGCUUUCAUAGCUCAAUCUGCAUCUGUAUCUCUUGCUUUACCAAACUUUUUUCACUAACUCACUGUAAGUAUUUUCUUUGGAAUUCUGAAAUACAGUUGGUUUUUUUUCUAGUGGGAUUUCAGAUGCUUUGAAUUUGAUUUGAUCCUUUGAGGUGCACACAUAGACAUGGUACUGAUGCAGCAAACACUUGAAUAGCAGAGCGGACUCUGCUAAAAUCUUGCCGUUUUUAAGCAAGGCAGCAGCAAAUCACUUAAGUCAUAUGAAGAUAGUUCAGAGGUACAGUAGUUGGGGGCGGAGGGUGACGGGUAGGAGAGUACAGAUGUAACUUUUCAAUGAUUUUCUGCCCCUUCUCUCAAGAAACUGAGGAUUUGAAACUGGUUUGCCAGGUAGUGAAUACCUAAUCAACAUAAAAUGUUACCAUACAAUUUACUAUUUCUGCUUCUUGAGUAAAAGUUUCACAGUUGCAGUAAAUGCAGAGUUGUGGGGGUUUGUCUCUUUUAGCACUAACAUCUGAAAUUACUGAUUAGUACUAAUGAGAGAGAGACUGUAAAAAAAAAAAAAAAGGUUGGCUUUUUUCCUGUAACAAAUUUGAUUUGUUAACACUACCACUUUAUAAACUCAAUAAGAGAAUGCUGAGAAAAUGAUGUGAAACAAAGUGCCUGUUCUUGGAUGUUUUAGUUGCAUUCCUUCUCUGGAAGCUGUGCUUAAUCAAUGUCUAAAUACACUGGGAAGGUACACAGUGCUGUUGGGUAGGACAGAAAAGGUCCUAAAAUCACACAUGUGUAACAAUGCAUUGUUCCUUGUAAUGCAUAUAGUAAGUUUAUUAAAAUAGGGGUGAUAUCAGUAUUGGAAUUUCUUCAAAAUAAAUACUGCCUGUUUAUACCUAGGUUUUUCUCUUCCUUUCACUUCCUGGGUAGGUAGAAUAUUUUGAUGCAAGAGUGAUCGUAAGUACAAAAGUGAUUGCUUUAUAGAAUUAAUCACCCUCAGAGGAUUCUUGAGAUGACCAUUGAAUAAUUAUGGAGCACUUGCAUGUAUGUAGCUUAUACGUAAAAGCAGUAGUUUGUCACAGAUGUAAUAGGGAGAAUUAGGGAGAAGACAACAUGAAGAAGGUAUCUACAGGUGUGGUCACUUCAAUUAAGGUAUGUGUGAAGCCAGGUCCAGUCUCUGAAAUAGUUGAACAUUAGUUGUGAUUUCACAGUUGUGGAAGUGGAAACGCAGAGAUUCAGGACCUGAAUUCUAGAAGUGCUGAAUAAUUGCUGUUUCUGCUGAUUGAUAACAUCGUUACAUUGCAACACUCCUAAAAGUUGGGUACCGAGGAAAACCCAGAGAGAAAAUUUUCUUUCUUGGUUGCAACCCUCUUUUAGAUGUCAAACUCUGGCCUUUCUUCCCAUCCCAGUCUAUGUGCAUUGUCCAUUUUUAAUUCUCCUUUCCUGUUGGAGAUCAAGAUACAUGUUUGACUUAAUUGGAAUUUCUUUUUACAGCCUUGCAACAAGACUGGAUUAACAGUUGAAUUAUCCAUGCACAACUUCUUCAAAAGUACUUCAUAUUUUAGCUAGACUUGGGAGCAGCAAUAGGAGGAAACACUUCUGUGUUUUAUGGGGUGCCAUUAAUGGAGUAUGCAUUGUAUAGGGACAAUUGCUAGCGGACAAAUUAAUCACAGAUUAUUUAUUUAACAAAGUACAUUAUUGAUGUUACACUUGUGUGACUUUUUGCAAACAUAUAGCAACUAAUAGGUGCAAAUUGGUAUUAGCAUAUUUAAACUGAUGCAGAAACUACUGCUUUCUUGGUCUGUAGGCCAUUUGGCAAGAAAGAUAAUUUAUUAAGUAUUCAGGACUGGCUUAUUGGCUUAUUUUUAUGGAACACAUGAAAUAGAAAUGUAUUCCCCUGGCACAAUGUGCACACUCAGUAAAUGCCUGAUAACAGCAUGGUCACCUACUUGUUUGUAAUUUGCAUUCAGUUGGUGAAACUAGUUAAGGACAGUCUGUUUCAUGUGUGUAGGUAAAAUGUAUAUGACUUUGAACUGAAUGUUUGUAGAAGCCUGUAAUUGUAGGAACACUGGGAUGCUGUAGCACUUAAAGGAAGUGUGACUACCACUGCGUCACAUAAGAUGAACAGGUCAAGAAGCUUUCUCCCCGGUUUAAAGUUCUGUGUUUAAAGUUUUCUCUCUGAUUUCUCAAGAGAGCUUAGCUGAAAAAAUCAGUCAACUCUCUUUUUUUCUGUUAUUCUGGGUGGUGUUCUAAUGACUUUAAACAGUUAAUUAAUACCAGCCAAGAUAGCAGCUGAAUCAGGAAGUUUUGUUUAAAAUCUUAAAAGUUGUAUUAUACCCAUUGAAUAAGUUUAGGAUACACUACAUUGGGGAAAAUAGGAGUAAAAAUGCUACUGUUUUGAUUUUUAUUUACAUAUAUAGAUAUUUCUUAUAUAUGGUGAGGGGUGUAUAUAUGUAUAAAAACAUCUUUUGAAAUGCUUCUUUACUACAUGUUUACUAUUAGUACAUUCUUGGUUUGAAUUUUUUUUCUUUUUGUCUUUUUUGUUGUUAUUGUUGUUUUGGUUUGGUUUUAGAGUUUCCAUUAGCAGUACUGUCUGGUUAUCAUUAAGAACCACAGGUUGAAGUGUUUCCCUAGAGUCUCUGAGGUACAAAUGAAUAAGAGCUGCAAUCAAACCAUCCAACACAUCUGUUUCAGGGUGGUGUUUUAAUGUUUUGAUGUCAGAAUGAUGAGCAGGACACCUCUCAUUCUUCUAGCUUGUGGCUCCUUUAACCCCAUCACAAACAUGCAUAUGCGUUUAUUUGAGCUGGCUAGAGAUCACCUGCAAAAAACAGGAAGGUAUCAGGUGAUUGAAGGCAUAAUGUCUCCUGUUAACGAUGACUACAGAAAGAAAGGCUUGGUUUCAGCAAGGCACCGGAUAGCAAUGGCUAAACUAGCACUGGAGACAUCUGACUGGAUUCGAGUUGAUCCAUGGGAGAGCGAGCAGGAGACAUGGACAGAGACAGUAAAAGUAUUAAGGCACCAUUACAAUGAAUCACUCAGAUUGCUCCAGUCCAAGAAGGAAUUAAUGAAAAACAAAUGGCCCAUAGAAAGAUCUACAGAGGAUCCCCUUUCUUACCAGCACUCAGUUCUACCAGAAUUAAAGCUGCUCUGUGGGGCUGAUUUUCUACAGACGUUUAAGACACCUAAUCUCUGGAAGGAAGAACACAUCAAAGAAAUAGUGGAAAAGUUUGGUUUGGUCUGUAUUAGCCGUGCUGGCUCUGAUCCAGCUCAGUAUAUCAGUGAAUCAGACCUUUUAACUCAAUUUCAGCACAAUAUCUUUCUGGUGAAAGAAUGGAUUCAGAAUGAAAUCAGUGCGACACAGAUACGCUAUGCCUUGUGCAGAGGAUUAAGUGUAAAAUAUCUCAUACCAGAUUCUGUUAUAUCCUACAUUGCACACCAUAAUAUCUACACAGAAGAGAGUGAGCGGAAGAAUGAAGGUGACUUGCUUCAGCCUCUUAAGUUGCAUAACACAACAGUAAACCCACUAAAUGACUGACAUCUGUAGUGUGUGAAGUGGACAGACCUGGCCUUUUUUCAUGUAAAGUUCUUGAGAAAGUUGUUUCUUGCUAAUGAGGGGAAAGUACAUCAGUCCAAAAUUUCUUGAAUUCAUGUGGUGUUUUAAUUUCAUGGUUUUGUGUGUGCUAGUGCAUAAGCAAAUUGGGAUGCUCAGCUGCAUAGCUUAAAAUACAUAAACAGCUUCCUUGUGAAAAUAAAAGAAAUAAGAUCCUAACAAUAAAUAUUAACCUCCAGUAAUACUUAAGGGUCAAACAUAGUACUUUUCCGAAUUGUAAUUCUGUAAUCCUACAGACAAUUUUAGUAUGAAGAUGCCUUACUGUUCUGAAGCAGCGAAAUAAAAUGAACCAUAACUUUU